AUGAUGUGCAUAGAAUGCGCUCAUCCGGUAACCUCCCUCUACACAGCCUACUCGUCCAACAACAUCCGACUGACAGCAUGCCCGAACUGCAACAAAUUCGCCGACAAAUACAUUGAGCACGACAGCGUGCUGAUAUUCAUCGACCUUGUGCUCAUUAAGCCGCAGGUCUACCGACACCUUGCCUUCAACCGGCUCGCCAUCUCGCCGCACCUGCAUUCGACCGUGCGCAGGUUUUUCCUGCUGAUUACGCUGUUUGAUGUGUAUCUUACGUGGGCGCGGGUAGAGAAGGAGGCUGCGCGGAUGGAUGUCUCGAGCGGGAGGGCGGAGACUGAGGCGCGGAUUCUGCAGUUCCCCGUGCUGGGCCAAUACCUGUUUUUCCUAGCCUACUGCGUGACGGAGACGGUAGUCACGCACUUUGCUCUACGAUUUCUCGCACGGUAUGCGGUCUCGAGAAGGAGGCUGACCACGGCAGACGACGACGGCAAGUCAGAAUCAGAAUACGACCCAAACAUAGUGACGAUAGCGCUGCUGAUAUCGUCCGCGACAAAGAUGUUUCCGAUGCUGAUGGUGAUCUGGACGUACGACAUCCCUGCCGCGGCGAAGGCGAUAGGCUGGGCGGUGAACGUGAGCACGAUCGAGGCGCUGAAUAUCGUGCUGAUGUGCGGGCAUGUGAAGGCGAUUGCGCUGAUGGGCGCUGCGGUGUUUGUACGGCGGGCGGUGGUGAGGAUUCUGGUGUGGGCGUUCAUCAGCCGGAGCCGCGAACCCGCGCUCGCCUUCCGCUGCUGCUCUAGCAAACCCGUCUUUGUCGAGCUCUGGUCCCGCCGCGGCGGCGACUAG